CCCAGCGCUGCACUGGGGGAGAUGCUGAGCCGGGGAGCCGUCCGGGGCCUCCUGAGGGCGGGGAGUUGCGAGCAAAGCCGCGGUGUCAGGGCCUGUCAUGGGGAAAGGAGAGAGUGGCGGGUUCAGAAGAAGCCAGAGGAGUCGAAUCUCCGCCCUCUAUAUAUGGAUGUUCAGGCGACAACCUCAUUGGAUCCCAGGGUAUUGGACCGAAUGUUGCCUUAUAUGGUAAACUAUUAUGGAAACCCCCACUCGAGGACCCAUGCGUAUGGCUGGGAGACUGAGAAAGCUGUGGAGAAAGCUCGUGAGCAAGUUGCCUCUCUGAUCGGAGCAGAUUCAAGGGAGAUCAUUUUUACAAGCGGCGCCACAGAAUCCAAUAAUCUAGCACUUAAGGGUGUUGCCAAAUUCUACAAAUCACGCAAGAGACACAUUCUAACAACCCAGACGGAACACAAGUGCGUGCUGGAUUCUUGCCGCUCCCUGGAGGCCGAGGGAUUCCAAGUUACGUACCUGCCUGUGCAGAAGAAUGGCCUCGUGGAUUUAAAGGUGUUAGAAGAUUCCAUCCGGCCGGAUACAAGCCUGGUAUCUAUAAUGGCUGUGAAUAAUGAGAUAGGCGUAAAGCAGCCCAUACAAGAGAUAGGGCAGAUCUGCAGCUCCCGCAAGAUCUUCUUCCACACAGAUGCAGCUCAGGCCGUUGGCAAAAUUCCCCUUAAUGUCAACCAAAUGAAGAUUGACCUGAUGAGUAUCAGUGGCCAUAAAAUCUAUGGACCCAAAGGAGUCGGAGCAAUCUAUGUCCGACGUAGACCCAGAGUCCGAAUGGAGGCCUUAAUCAGUGGUGGGGGCCAAGAGCGAGGCCUGCGCUCUGGGACGGUGCCAGCACCUCUUGUUGUUGGUCUCGGAGCGGCAUGCAAAGUGUCUCAGGAAGAGCUAGAGUAUGAUCACAGAAGAAUCAGUGCUCUAGCCAAAAGACUCACCCAGAAUAUAAUGAGCCAAAUUCCUGAAGUUGUUUUAAACGGAGAUGCAGAGCAUCGGUACCCAGGAUGCAUAAACCUUUCCUUUGCUUAUGUGGAAGGGGAAAGCUUACUGAUGGCCCUUAAAGAUGUGGCCUUAUCAUCUGGAAGCGCCUGCACGUCCGCUUCUCUGGAGCCAUCUUACGUCUUGCGUGCGAUCGGUGCUGAUGAGGACUUGGCGCAUUCAUCUAUAAGAUUUGGCAUUGGGCGUUUUACUACUGAGGAAGAAGUUGAUUACACAGUCAAAAAGUGUGUUGAAGAAGUAAAACGGCUGCGGGAGAUGAGCCCGUUAUGGGAGAUGGUCCAGGACGGAAUUGACUUAAAGAGCAUAAAGUGGACUCAGCACUAAACGGCAGCCUACAGGGGAUCGGUUCCAGCUGGAUUCUGUGCCAUAUAGCUCUGUGCUAUGGCCUCUGUUACACAAACUCUUGCUAUUACUUUAGUUACCAGCCUUUUGCUUCCGGAGAUGCCAUUGUCUGAUCUUUGUAGCCUCGACUCUCCGUGUAGUAUUGAGCUUAUAGAACAAGGCUCGAGUAAUAUACACAGUGGUUGCCUUCAUAUUACGCCUGCGUGAAACAGUGAAGGUUUCUGUACUACAGUACAAUGAAAGGGUAUGCAGAGCCUGGAUAAAAACCAAACCUAACUAAAUUAAACAUAAAACAGAAAAAACAUGUUUGAUCCUUAUGAGUAGUGUGUAAAUAGUUGCUGUAUAAAGGGGAUGCACUAUUACUGCUCAAUUUAACCCUAAUUUUUAACAGUUGUAUUUAAGCCUGACUUGGGCAACCUGUGGCCCUCCUAGAUGUAUCGGUGAUGUGGGGCUUGGCAAACUAUAGGGCAAACGUUAGUGCUUUGGCCUAAUCGCUGCUACUGAAACACUGCUGGUGGUCUACAAAAGUGAAGGGGCUCGGGGGAGACAAUAUAACUUUAGUGCCAAUCAGUUUUAGAAUUACAUUCCUGCAAAAAUUUCCUCUCCUAGUUAAACACCAUGUAUAACAAACUUUUUCCUUAUUUGCCUUAUGCUGACCAUACACAUAAAGGUCUGCUCAUAUGAUGAGGUUGCUAAACAAGUAUAUGUCAAAUCUGGUUGAUCCAAUCAUUUGCCCCCCACCCAAGGGCAACAAUCAAAUCAUUCUAUGGUCCUACAGAGAGACUAGUCAGGAGAGGAAACGUCAACGAGCCCAGAGGGGCAAUUCUAUCCUUUUGAGGUGGCUCUUGUGAUGGCGCCCCCAGAACUUACAGGGUCUGGGGGGGCUGCAUCACUAACGCAGAGAGUGCAGUUGCCCUAUCUGACUAGAAGAGACAAAUUUCUGUUUUAUAACCAGAAAUAUGUCUCUUAAAUUUACAAGGAGCGUCUUUUUUGCCAACUUGUGGGGCACUGUCUGCUGCUCAUAUGUUCCUUGACCAAUGUGAUUUCCAAGCCUGCCUGAUAAUCAGCCAUACUAGUCUUGUAGGAAGGGCCCAGUUUCCUUCAUUAUUCUUAGGUGGAAAGUAAGGGUUAAAAAAUACAUGAAUAUAUAGAUCAUACCAGAAAAUAUAAUCUGUUUAAAAUAAGGCAGAUUCCAUUUAAAUACAUUACCCUAAACUCACCUUCUUCCCUGUGCUGCCUUGCUAGAAAAGGUUAUACAGAGGAUAAUAGUAUUAAUAUAUUUUUGUAGCAUGAGAAAGGGUGAUUCUUUCCUGGGUCCUUUGCUGGACUUUGCCUAUUUACAAGAAGAAAAUAUAUUUUAGUUGAAAAAAAAAAAUGUAAAUAAAUAAAUCUACAAUUACUACAAUUUACAGAUUCUUUCUUGUUGGCUGUUCGACAUAAGUGACGCUAAUAUCAACCAGUCCUUACUGGGAAAACCACACCCAUUAUGUAUUGCAUUCUCUAUACGCACAAGGAGGCACUGCGCUCUCCAACUUGAUGCAAUAUGCUUAAUGUGUGUGAGUUCUUGUGGGGCAGUUAUUGAGCAUUGGGGUCUCUGUUGUCUUAAGCCUAGAUAUUUUGGUCUGAUCUUAGCAGAAGAGGCAUUUCACCUUUAGCGUUAUGGAAUUUAGCAGUUGGUCUUAAGAUGGCCAUACAUGGGCAGAUUUCAGCUGCCUAUCUGUUCUAAAAUUGGGCAGAUCUUGAUCGGGUAGGUUCAAUUUUCACUGGAUCGGGACCACAUUGGCUUCUUGAUGCGGUCCUCGAUCUGACAGUGCCUAUGCCUUGUAAUUUGAUAUCACCCACCUUUAGGUGGUCAUAUCAGAAGAAGAUCUGCUCAUUUGGUGACCCUGCCAAAUGAGCGAAUCAUCCUGUGUAUGGCCACCUUUUAUUUUAUUUUUUUUUGUUGGUUUGUGUUUGUAUUGUUUGUCUUUUUAUUUCUUAAUUGGUCCUCCGUCAAAAGUGAGACUGACAUUGUUCUCUGGUUGCUAUGGGUUGAUGAAAACUGCCUUAGAGUGUAAUUCUAUAAAAAUAAAGUAAAGCUUUAUUAUUAUUAAGUAAAGCAUACAUUGUAAAACCCACUGGUGUUGAUUGUGGCUGGUAUACACUGGCAUUCAUGUACUAUACCUGGAAGAAAAUAAAUGUGUUUCUGACAAUGCC